GUGACAUUCGUAUGCGGGGAAAAGGUGCUGUGUUUUGCUGCUGAAGACGACUUGUAAAGUGCGAUCGUUUUUUUUUUUCAUAAGGUGCCGAAGUUACGUAGUGGAAAUUGAAGUCAACAACGAUGACCGGCCCUGUGUCAAGGAUACUCGGGUGAGUGAGUCAUUUCCUUUUUUAUUAUGCGGCAUAUUGCAAAAGCAGAAUAGGUGUUAGACGGUUAUGACCAUAAAUGUCAAGAUUAAAAGAGCUUAAGGAUUAUGUCUACCAGGAGUACCAUAAUCUGAGCAAUAACAUAAACAGGCCGAGAACGCGGGCGGCAGUCGCUAAUAGAAGAAAAUUAUUAAGCGACGCUGUAAACGACUUUUCGGAAAUUUUAAAAGAGUAUGAAAAUUCGAAUUUAACGCCAGAACAUUGGAAUAGAUUAACAGAUCAGUACACACUUGUUCAAUCGAAAGUGUGUCUGGCAUUGAAAAUCUUAAAUAACUCGGCGAUUGUUCCUGAGCCAAACAGAAAUAGAAGAUUAUCAGAAAAUUGUCUUGAGUUUGAGACAUCAGAUCUUGCAGAAGAUCAGUUGGCGAACUUAGAGCGAUCGGUGAUUUUUGAAGAUCCCCCGCUUUCAUCGACCCUUGUAGAAACUCAGGAAUCAGGGGAGGAGAAGCACGACGGAGAGCGCGGAAACCGCGCAAGCGCACUUGAACAAUUAGAAAAAUUAGAAGAAGAAUUUGUUAAAAAAAGCCUCCAAAUCAGCGAGGUAGAAAUUCAAGACACACCCAGUUUUGGGGAUCAUAUCGAAAAUUUAAAAAACAUAUUCUGUAGAAGCAGUUUUAUUAUUGGGAAACAACUAAAUAAAAUAAAUAUGAGCCGAGCGGCAGAUUACGUUUUCCCGAAGGCGGAUGCACUGCAAUGCAUCCCAGAAUUCAGGGGACACAAAGAUGAACUGGAAGCGUUCCUAUACCAUGUUCAGCAUUUCGCAGACGAAAUCCCAGAAAACGGGUCACACAGUGCACUAAUUUAUGUAGUCCUACUAAAACUAAAAGGCAAAGCAGCGGCAGUUUUGCCUCGGAUCAAGGCGGAGAGCUGGCCAGAGGUCAAACGCAACUUAAUCAAAGAAUUCGGUUCCAUUGAGAACAUCGAGUCGGUAAUAAAACGGAUCGAAACGCUACGACAGGAACCGAGCGAAGAUUACAGCGCAUAUAAAAGGAGAACGAUUGAGAUGAAUGCGUAUCAGGUGAACGGACAAGGGAGUUGUCAACCCAGUAUGAAUGGAAGAAUCACUAGCAACAGGUAG